AGAACUGCACCUCAAACUUUUCCACCCAAAAAUAAACUGCAGAAAGCCCCUUGACCCUGGCUUCUUGGUACACCUCUGAAUUUUUGGAAAUGCAGCCUGAGUGGGCGGCAGGCAGAGGAUAAAUGGCAGUGGGGAGAGAGCCACAGCCACCAGGCAGGAGGCACAGGGGACAGGAGGAGCCAGCACAGCCACCAUGCUGCCUGUGAGGACUGUCCUGCUGCUCACCCUGCUGCUCACCUUCUCCCUGCACCACGCCUCAGCCCACUUUGCACCCGUGGAAUGCUGCUUUAAGUACGCCCAGAAACGCAUCCGACACCCUCAAAGCUUCUACGAGACAUCCAAGGACUGCCCCCAGCCUGCAGUUGUGAUUGUGGCUGCCAAUGGUGACGAGAUCUGUGCCGACCCCAAGAAGGACUGGGUGAAUAAAAUCAUAAAACGGCUUCAAAACAAAAAAAUAGAUCCAUCCAGCAUCUGACUUGCCCAUGCAGUCUUCCUGCCUCUCGAGGGAGCCAGCAGGGCUGGCAGCUCUUCUCCAGCGGGUGCUGUGCCGUGGGCAGGGCAGGAGCCCUGCUGAGCCCCGGCAGGGUCAGGAGUCACAGGGCCAAGGGGCUGCCAGCUCCCGAGCUCCUCCUGCUGUCACUGCCCUGCCACGAUGUGCCUCUGGAGCAAAUAUUUAUAAUAAAGACUCAU